GGACUUGACCACAGUAAGAAAACUACAGCCAGUCACAACAUCGGCUUUUACAGCGCUGACCACUCAGUCACAUCCCUGCAGGACCUGCGACCAAACCCUCACAACCCCCACUGACCAGUUAGGCCAGACUGAACCGGGCAGGGCUCUGCGUUGGCUGGUGGUGUUGGUGCUUGGACUGUGCUGUUGAUGUGCAGUGAUGUGCUGCGCCUCACUGCGGUGUUCAUUCGGGUGCUGCGGCGCGGCGCUGCUCCUGUCCAGCCUGACUGCGGUCAUCCUGUGGCCUGCGGUCAGUUCUGAGCCAGUGCAUUGUGCUUGGGGUCCAUGGUCAUCAUGGUCAGCCUGCGACGCCUGCUCCAAAUCACAGACGCAGAUCCGCUCAGUCUCAGUGUAUCCCCAGUUUGGGGGGCUGCCGUGUUCGGGUGACUCCCUUCGCACACAGAGCUGCGAGACCACUCAAGGCUGCCCCCUGGAGGAGGGCUGUGGGGAGCGCUUCCGCUGCCAGUCUGGUGAAUGUAUCAGUCAGUUUCUGGUGUGUAAUGGAGAUGUGGACUGUGAGGACAACUCAGAUGAGCAGCGAUGUGAGAACAGAGAACAGAUCUGUAACCUACAGAAACCCCCACCACAGAUAGAGCUCACCGGCUUUGGGUAUGAUGCAGUGCGGGGGGAGUUUAGAGGGUCAGUUAUAAACACUAAAAGUUUUGGUGGUCAGUGCAGGAAAGUGUUCAGUGGUGAUCAUAAGGACAUCUACAGACUCCCAAACAGCGUCCUCAGAUACAGCUUCCAGGUUACGGCUAAAAACGACUUUUCCAGUGAGUUCUACUCCAGCUCCUGGCACUACAUGAAGAACAUUGAUAACCGUGAGAACACAGAAGGAACCACUGCAGGGCACAAUUACUUCACAUCUAGUGAAGACCUGAAAAAAAUACAGUCUCGGCACCUGGUGGUCAUCAGCAGUGAUGUAGAAGUGGCUCAGUUUCAGAAUCAGCCACCCCAGAACCUCCCACUGUCUGAGGAUUUCUGGAAGGUUCUUUCCAAACUGCCGGUGGUGUACAAUUACGCUGCAUACCGCAGGGUUCUGGAGAGAUUUGGGACACACUUCCUGUCAGAGGGAACGCUGGGUGGGCAGUUCAGAACCCUGCUGCACCUCAGCCAGGACUUCAGUCAGAAGAGCCAAUUCGAGAGGCAUGAUUUUAGAGAGUGUGUCACAGAGACCCACACUUUCCUGUUCUUCUUCAGCUCGACGACUGUAAGAUGCAGAGAGUUUUAUAACUUCUUAAGGAGAGAAGAGGACAACUACAAGCGAGAGCAAAAUAAAAACAUUGUUAAGGCAACAGCGAUUGGAGGACACACUGCUUACAUCUCAGCGCUCACGGCUCUGGACCCGAGCACAGCAGUGGAGAACUGGAAGCGUUUCUCUCAGUGGGCGGGAUCAGUGAAGGACCUGCCGACAGUCAUCAGCCAGAAGAUCCGGCCACUGUAUGAGCUGGUGAAGGAGGUUCCAUGUGCUGGGGUGAAGAAGCUCCACCUGAGGAGAGCUCUGCAGUCAUACCUGAGCGAGAGGAGCUCCUGCCACUGCCAACCCUGCCGCAACAACGGCCUGAGUGUGCUGAAGGAUGGUGUGUGUGAGUGUGUGUGUAAGGCGGGUACAAGAGGUUCUGCUUGUGACAUCGGAGCUCCGGUGGAGGAACAGCCAGGAGUGAUCGAUGGAGGUUGGAGCUGUUGGUCAGCGUGGGGUGUCUGUUCUGCUGGCCGUCAGAGCCGCAGUCGCUCCUGCAGCCGCCCGCUGCCGCAAAACGGCAAAAACUGCAUCGGAAACUCUGUGGAAACGAUCAACUGUGACGAAGAGGAGGAGCUGCAGUAUCUGCGUACAAUGGAGCCGCACUGCUUUGAUCAAACACUGGAACCCGGUAAGAGGUGCAGACACCCACCACCUCUGCGCAACGGCUUCACCCAGGACCCUAAAGACGUGUACUUGGUGGGCAAUAAAGUGGAGUACUCGUGUAUUGAUGGCUAUCAGCUGAUCGGAGAUCCAUUUGCUGAGUGUGUGGAGGAGCAGACGUGGAGGAGAUCUCCGCAGCAGUGCAGGAGAUCCGUGUGUGAACCCCCUCUCCUCCCUGCAGACGUUUCUGGAAGUCCGUGGAACCUCAGCUACAGAAUCGGAGAAACGAUUGAGCUGAGCUGUCCUGCAGGGAAAGAGAGAGACGGACCAUCUCAAAUCCGCUGCAACUCCGGCCUGGCCUGGUCACCUCAGCCUGAAAACACGAAAUGCCGCGCAGUGGUGACGACUCCAUCUCUCGAAUGCCAGCCGUGGGAAAAACUGGCCAAAGAUAAAUGUGUCUGUAAAGUUCCCCACGAGUGCGAGCCGUCUCUGGAAGUGUGCGCCACCAUCUCGGAGCUCCAGCGGACCAGAAGGCUGAGUGUCUGUAAGGUUCGGGCCAUGCAGUGUAUGGGUCACCAGCUUAUCUUAGCUGAACGCAGCGCCUGCCAGUGGCCAGAGCCGUCCACUGCAGCCUGCCCACAGUGCUCUCUGUGGACCCUCUGUGAUGGUCAGUCGCAGGUGUGUCGCUGCCGGACGCUGGAGGAGUGCACGCCGCCCGGCCGCUGGAUCCAGGUGUGCGCGUUACUGAGUGGAGAGUCCACACCGUCCACCGUGUCUGAAUGCGAGGUGGGGGUCCGACAGUGCAGGGGAGAGACCCCCAACAUCCUCAGCAUGCAGCCCUGUGUCGUCUAAAGGCACUAAAAGCAAUAAUCAAAAAACCUCGGCUAUUAGCAUUAGCAUGCCUAAAGCCUCUCACUCUUGGCUCAGAUGUGUCAGUGAAUGUGGUUUCCCUCUUCGGCCGCUUCUCAGUGCAAUGUGCUGUUUCACCUUAAAUAAUGCAGCAUGUAACUGCUUCACCACUUAAGGUGGAACUGAGAAUUCCGAAGAGAAGCGGCUGAAUAGAGAAGCCACAUUCCACUUCAUGGCUCAAACCUGCCUCUAUAAACAGAAAGUGUGGCUUUCAGCUUCCUAGAUUCGUCUUUUCUCACGCGCUCCAUGAAACGUACCUUGUUUUUGACUCUUUAUUCUGAAUAAAUGAAAAGUCUCCA